UCCCUUACUGUUUUGUCCCUUAAGUGUCUCUAUCCACAUGCAAUUUCCUGUUCGUGCGCUAUAAAAUAUUGCAGCAAAAGCAACGCAAACCUGCUCUCUCUCUCUCUGAUUCUUAUUUCUCACACUGACUGAUCUAUUUAUUUUUCUAAUAGUUUUCCCAGGCCUGUUCGCAUGUGGUGAUGCUGUUUGAGCAAGCAAAUACCAGCUCAUCCCCAUUAUUAUCAUCAUCAUUGUCGAUGACCCACCUUGGGAUUUUUCCUCUCCUAUCAGUUUCUCAAACCGCAAGCCUUUAAUGACCCACCUCUGAAUCUAUCAAAAAAAAAAAACCUCUGGUCCAAGAGCUAGAGAAAGAGUAGGAGAGAGCCAAAUAUUGUAGUUGGUAGGUGAUGAAUCUUUAACAACUCUGUGGACUGCUCUGCAAUCAAACCAAAUGUGACCAAGAUUUUGGAAGGAACCAAGUUGUGCUUUUUGCCUGCUUCUUUUGUGUCCUCAAUUCAGACCGAGAAAAUGAUCAAAAUGGUAGAAAAUUUUCUCUUCAUUUUCUCGGCCAUUUUCUUGGUUGGAACAAUAUCAAGUGUCACUGCUGCAAACUUGGAGGAAGAUAAACAUGCCUUGCUAGAUUUCCUUCACAACACUUCUCACUCGCACAGACUCAACUGGGACAAGGACUCUUCCGUGUGCAAAACAUGGACUGGAAUCAUCUGCAACAGCGACCACACUAGAGUGGUGGAACUCCACCUUCCUGGUGUUGGCUUCCGUGGGCCCAUCCCAUCAAACACUCUCAGCCGCUUAUCUGCUCUUGAGUUUCUGAGCCUGAGAGUGAACAGUCUAUCAGGUUCUGUUCCCUCUGAUUUCUCCAAACUUAGAAACUUGACAUCGCUUUAUCUUCAGUCCAACAAGUUGUCUGGUCCAUUGCCUUUGGAUUUCUCAGUUUGGAACAAUCUGACAAUCAUCAAUCUGUCUAAUAAUGGUUUUAAUGGGAGUAUCCCUUCUUCAAUUGCCAAUUUGACUCACCUCACAACUUUAAAUCUCUCCAACAAUUCCCUUUCUGGUCAAAUUCCUGAUCUCAAUAUUGCUAGCUUGGAAGAGCUGGAUUUAGCCAAUAAUAACCUCACAGGAAUUGUGCCUCGGUCUCUCAGGAGAUUCCCAAGUUCGGCAUUUUCCGGUAACAAUCUCUUAUCAGAAAAUGCCACCCCUCCCUCUCUUCCAGCUCAACCACCAACUUCAAAUGGUCGACCAACAAAGAAAACCAAGAAAAAGCUUGGUGAACCUGCAGUGUUGGCUAUUGCGCUUGGCGGUUGCGUUCUUGGGUUUGUGCUGAUUGCUUUGUUGAUGUUCAUUUGCCGCUCUAGAGGAGGAGGCCAAAGUGGGGUGGCGCUGAAACCGCAGAAGAAAGAGAGUUAUUCAAAGAAAGGAGCUUCUGAGAGCCAAGACAAGACUAACAGGCUCUUUUUCUUCCAGGGUUGUAAUCUUGCUUUUGAUCUGGAGGACUUGUUGAGGGCAUCUGCUGAGGUUCUUGGGAAAGGAACGUUUGGGACAACAUAUAAGGCGGCUUUGGAAGAUGCAACCACGACUUUGGCGGUCAAAAGGUUGAAGGAAGUAACGGUUGCAAAGCGAGAUUUUGAGCAGCAAAUGGAGAUUGUAGGGAACAUCAGGCAUGAAAAUGUGGCUCCACUAAGGGCAUAUUACUAUUCCAAGGAUGAGAAGCUUAUUGUGUUUGAUUAUUACGAACAAGGAAACGUCUCUGCUUUGUUACAUGGUGGAAGAGGGGAUGGAAGAACUCCACUGGACUGGGAAGCUAGACUUAGAAUUGCUGCUGGUGCUGCGAGAGGAAUUGGCCAUAUCCACACACAAAAUGGCGGGAAACUUGUACAUGGCAAUAUAAAAGCCUCAAACAUCUUCCUCAAUUCCCAAGGAUAUGGUUGUGUUGCUGAUACCGGUUUGGUGACACUGAUGAACUCAAUGCCGCCACCGGUGGUUCGAGCUGCAGGGUACCGAGCUCCCGAAGUAACCGACACACGAAAGGCAACACACGCAGCGGAUGUCUACAGUUUUGGGGUCUUGUUGCUUGAGCUUCUCACCGGAAAAUCUCCCGUACAUGCCACGGGUACCGAGGAGGUGGUUCACCUGGUGAGGUGGGUGAAUGCUGUGGUGAGAGAGGAGUGGACUGCUGAAGUGUUUGAUGUGCAGCUCUUGAGGUAUCCAAACAUAGAGGAGGAGAUGGUGGAGAUGUUGCAACUGGGAAUGAGUUGUGUGGCAAGAAUACCAGAGAAGAGACCAAAAAUAAAUGAUGUGGUGAAAAGUUUGGAGGAAGUUCGUCAAUUCAAUUCUGGAAAUAGACCAUCCUCAGAUGUGACUAAGUCAGAGAUUUCAACUCCAAUCCCAACACCUGACGUUGCACCUGCAGCAGAGAUAGGAUCAUCAUCUCUUCCAAAGUGAAAUUCUUUCAUCAUAGUUGUCAGAUGUCAUAUAAUUUUCCUUUUCUUUUUUGAUUAAAAUUUAUUCCUAAUUACAAAUGCUUUUGAUGGUUGUAAUAGUUGUUUACCUAUCUAUAACAUUUCACAAGAUAUAUGGUUCUGAGAUUUAUACAAUAUAUUAUUUUGGCAGAAAUUUGUAUAACAUGUU